AUAGACAAACCCGGAAGCUAUCAGCAGUCCGUGACAUAACAGGCCCGGCAACCUGGUAAAACGACUGAAGACACGGAACUUGGCGGCUGCUGCGAUGUAAGAGGGAAACACAAAUUAUGAGGCAUCCCAACGGCAUGCUCAGUUAAAUAGCCUCAUCGGCGUUUGCUGACUGAUGAUUGUUCAUCUGCAGUUUCAAUCGAGCGUCGGCAAGAAGCAACAUCAGGGGAAAAGGACUGCAGGAUGGCCACACCAUUGUUAUUGUUUACAAACUCGGUCUUGCCUUAAUUGAUUCGGCAGACUCUUCUACCUGUCUCCGUAACUCGUGCCUGUCUGCAUCCUUUCUUUCUGGCUCAAUAUGAUUAUUUCUGCAUGCGCAUCCUGCACCGUUUCUUUCAGAGGACUAGUGAUUCAAAAGUUCCGCUUGAGAAUGGCAAGCCACACUGUUGCACUUCUCUCUGGUAUCAGGAAGAUAGUCUUUUUUGGGCUGCAGGCUGUUCUUGUCUCGACCACCUCUAUGUCUUCCAGUCGGACCGUCCCGCGUCCCCGUGUGUUUUUGCUGCUUUGCUUCGAGACAGUAUUUCCUCUGUUGCCAUUGUAUACACUUUUGUGACAGCGUUUCUCUUUUCCUCGUCUGAAUCGGCCUCUGUCAUCAGGUUCACAAGCUGUGACUGUCUAUAACAAUAUCUUUCCUUUCAUUAGGACAGUGCGCUAAACUAAAACAAAACUCCUCCAAGUGUAUAUCCUCUUGCAGCGUGACGCACUUAUGGCAGAAAGAACAUUCUCAGCAUUCUCAGGUCUGUUCGAAUUUGCGUCGGCCCAUUCAUCCUCCAGGUGCCCCAACGCAUUGCAUGGAGAUAGCGGGGAGGCGCACUGCACGAUCGCAGGGUAAGGAAGGAUAUCUACUAAAUAUCGGAGUUGACCACGGACAGAAAAAAGCCUCAACGUAUUUGCAAAAACAACGACAGACGGAUGAUAGUGUUUGUGAACGAACGCAAUAAGCAAAUCCGCCACAGAGCGAAAAACAGUAGAAACGAGUACCAGGCAAUCAUCAAUGUGGCCUUCCCACAACAUGCAAAAGUGUUUUUUGGCCGGCCGUUGCAUCUGCUCGUCCGCCGUAUACGUGACACCCGACUAAUCGCAAAAGAUGAUAUACCUGAGAAAGGAAUGUAUGCCCAGAAGUCUGCACCCGCUCGCACGUUUCUCUGCAUAGCGCGAAACACGCCUCCAGGAGCCGGUUGCGUAACGCCAACAAAAAAGUCAGGGACGACAACACUCGAUAGUGACAGCCGGCUCUGGACACGAGACUGAAACGCAGUUAUGCGAAAAAGAGUCGCGAAACAAUUACGAUUCCACGAAGCACAGACGACGUUAUGGAGCUAGAUGCCCUCAUUUAACAGAGAGAAUUGCACGCCCCCUCCCUAUUGCGAGUUGCUGUUUUCACGGUACCCGAGAUUGCAUCGGCAACACUGGAAUUCGCGAAGUGGUU